AUGGCGAGGAUCCAGCUGGUCCGUGUCAAAGUGAGCUGGACGGUACUUCUGGCUCUGGCCCACCUCACGUAUCUGCUAUUUGGAGCCAUCAUUUUCCAAAUUCUGGAGCGAGAGGCUGAGAGCAACAACCGAAACCACUUCCAACUGGAGAAAUUGAAUUUCUUGGCUAAUUACACCUGCCUGGAUGGACAGGCCUUGGAGAAGUUUGUUCAGGUGAUUUUAGAUGCAUGGGAACGGGGCGUGAAUCCGUCGGGCAACUCGACUAACCCCAGUAACUGGGAUUUCAGCAGCGCCUUCUUUUUUGCCGGCACUGUGGUCACAACAAUAGGUUACGGGAACCUGUCUCCCAGCACUGUGUCCGGUCAGGUGUUCUGUGUCUUUUACGCUCUGUGCGGCAUCCCGCUCAACCUGGCCUUCCUCAAACAGUUGGGCAAGUGUCUCACCAUUCACCUGGGUCGCCUGGAGAGAGGCAUGGUCUCAGUGGUUCCACACAAGCAAACACUGGAGGCGUUGGCAGUGAGCUCCUUUUUCAUCACCGGUAGUCUGCUGUUUCUGGUCAUCCCCCCGCUUCUGUUCAGUUACGUGGAAGGCUGGACAUUCGGCGAGGGCUUCUACUUUGCUUUCAUUACCCUCAGCACCAUUGGGUUUGGAGAUUAUGUGGUGGGGACCGACCCAGACAAGGAGUACAUCUCUCUGUACCGUAGCCUGGCAGGUAUAUGGAUCAUCUUUGCCUUGGCCUGGCUUGCUCUUAUCCUCGGCAUGGGAUCAAGAAUAAUGGCGCAUGUGAUCGGCUUGGCUCAUCCAGGCUUUAAGAAGCAAGCGGAGGAUGGGGUUGUGUCAUCCGGUAAACUGGAGGACACCUCAAAGAUCUGA